UAUUCCGUUUACCCUCUUCGAACCAAACGACCCUUAAUUUUUUUAUAAUAUUUCACUACCACCUAAAAAUAAGUGGCCCCAAAAAAUCUCUUUGCGCCGGUGACCCCACUCCCUCUCCUUUCCCCCCUUCCCACUCUCGGCGCCGGAAGUUGCUCAGGGAGAACGCAAGAAAACCUUCAAUCUACCGGCGAGAAAGCAUCAAUUGUACCCUCCUCCCAAUUACUCACCCUUUCCCACUUUCAUGUUAUCUGUUACUGACUCUUUUCAUCAUUAUCAAACCCUCCUUUCUUUAUAAAAUUCCAACUCCAGCUAAAUUACCCGUAUUUCUUCAUCUUCCUACCUUUGCACCACCUCCACCACAACUACAACACUACCUGGUUUCUAUUUUCAACAUCCAUUACAUCAAUUUUAUAAUCAUCACUUAAUUUAUCCACCAAAAAUAAUGCAUCCUCCUCCCAAUUACUUUUACUUUCCAAAAUCAUAUCUUAUGUAGGAACAAAGACUGAUUUGAGGCCAUUGUUUCCAGUAAUUGGAGCAAGAGUAGGAGAGAAAAUCGGCGGUGGAGUAAUGAUGGAAUCAAGGCGAUGGAAGAAUUCCUCAUUAAAACAGACUAGAAUUCCGUCGAGGCAUGAGCGGUGUGGGUGGGGGAAAGGGAGGGGGAGGGGUUGCCGACAUCGAGGAUCAUUCGAGCGCCGACAAUCGUCACAAUUAUUACUGAAAUGAGAAUUAUUUUAUUUAUAACAAUGAGAAAAUGAUUUCAUUUCACUAAUUUAUUUGGACUAACUAUUAUUAUCUCCUAAAAUCCACUCAUUUAAGCUCAAGUAGGAAUAUUAGUCCUAUUAGGAUUAGGAAAACUCAUUAUCAACAUUAAAGCCCUUGAACCCAUUCCCUUAAAUCCCCCACAAAGCCCACAAACUCUUUCUCUCUGAUUUCACGCCUCUUGCCUCCCCUGUUUUCACGAACAUCAACCAGAAAAAAUAUAAUAAAAAAUUCCUUCGACUGCUCAACUGCCUAAAUCACCGUUGCUCUGUCGGAAACACCGUCGCCUGCUGCCACCGUCGCCUAGCCGGACGUUAGUUCUUUUUAACUUUUUUUUUCUUUCUUUUCAAUACACUUCUCUUUAUUAGUUUCAAAGAUUUAAACUUUCUAUGAUUUAAUCAUGUUUAUUAGAGUGUGAUUAUGUAUAUUAGUAUAUAGAUGGUAAAAGAUUGCAAAUUUACUAGUUUAUGUGCAAUUGAUUUUCAGAUUUAUGUAUUUAAGACCUUGGUUUUUCAUGGUUUAGGGCUUAAAACGUGAUUAAUUGAGAUUUAAUUAGUUACUUUAUAGUUAUGUAGCCGUGUAAUUCUAAUUGGAUUUCCUAGUAAUAUUGUGAAUUUGUAGUCUCUAUAGCAAAUUUUAGUAUUUUUUCUUUUUCUUGUGCAAAUACUAUAACAAUUUUGUUUCCUCAAAAAAAAAAAAAAAAAAAAAAAAACUAUAGCAAUUUUGUAGUUUUAACCUUUAGACUCUCUCCUCGAAUUUACCUUCCACUAAUCUCACUACCUCUGUAUUUUAUUGCUUUCUCAAAUUUCUGGUAAAAUUCAGCGCAUAGAGAAAUGAACCAAGUAUUUAAAACGGGGCGGAGUAUUAGGUAAUUUAGUAUGACAUUUUUGAUUCGAAUGGCUCCUGACCUAUGCGGAUCAAUAUUUGAACCCAACCGCCACUUAAUUAAACAAACCAAAUGUUGCUAUUCUAAAUACUUGGAAUUUUUUAUAUCUCGCAGAUAAUAUUCCAAAGUUUUAGUUAACAAGUGAUGGAGGUAGUAUAACUCAACACUAUAUCUUAGCCUUGGACAUUCCAGUUUUCAUGGCAUUUUAUUUUAUGUCUGAUAUUUGAUAUCUUCUCAGGUGCUUAUUGGAAAAGCCGAAGCGGUAAGGACUUUUAAGUGGUUCAUGGCCACUGAAAAAGAUAGCUUUGGGCCCUUAUGUAAGGACUUAUUGCUUGAUAUAUUUAGUAGACUUUCUGGGUGGGAUCUAAUCAAGUGCAAAUGUGUUUCAAAAGAAUGGUACCGAAUCAUCACCUAUGUUUGUGUUCCUCAAUUGUCAGCCAACACUCCUAUUUCUGGAGUUUAUUAUCGUGUUUCUCGGGUCUCUGGAGAGUUGCUAUGGGUUUUUUUUCAUCAUCGUCUUGAGAACUUAAAGACAAGCUCCUUCAUCAUGUGGCCUAUUGUGGCUCUAGUCACUACAUAGACUGUGAUCUUUUGAAGUCGUUUUCCGAUCCCUCUCCUGAUCAAACUCGUUUACCUUGGAAACGGCCGGAUCCCUCUCUUAAGAAUGUCCCUGGCAUGUCAUAUUCAAGUAUUUUUCCAUUUAAACACAGUGGACCUGAUUUAUUGGACUGUUGUAAUGGCUUGCUUUUGUUUGUCCAGCGUCCCAAACCCCAAUUCUAUGUGUGUAACCCAACAAUUAGACAGUGUGUCCCUGUUCCUCUUCCUCCACCUUCUGUCCAUCUUUCUUCCCUUUAUGCCUCACUAGCUUUUGAUCCUUGUGAAUCCAUACACUACCGAGUUAUUGUUUUAUCCAUUACUACUCAGCCGCAAUGUUUGCAUAUUUUUUAUUCCCAGUCUGGAGCAUGGAUGACACAUGAGGUGCAUAUAGAGCUACCCUCUUCAGGGAAGUGUUUUCAGUUAAUCAGACACUCUGUAUACUUGAAGGGCAUAUUGUAUAGGUUAUCCUUGUUGAAUAAAGUUAUAUUUUUUGACCUUAAUCGGCUGACAAUCCGUGUUAUUAACAACCCAUGUAAGACACCUCCACCUCAACCAGGAUGCAUUGCGGUUUCAAAUGGACUUCUCUCCUAUGUCAAGCGAGAAAAGGACUAUGUGUGUGUGUGGUUGCUUGACGACCCCAAUGAACCCAAUGAAUGGAGUUUGAAGUAUAAACUCUGCUUCGAUAACCUUCUGGAUUGUGUGUUGGAAAAGAAAAUGGGUGGUAUUCUUGUUUGGUUACACCCCUGUGGAUUUCAUCCAACAGAGGACAUAUUAUUUAUGAGCUCUGCAAGUUCAAUCUUGGCGUAUCAUAUUGGAAUCGGCCGUAUUCAAGAAGUGCGGAGCUUUAGCUUUCUUGGUGAAGUCUCUGGUGGAUACUUCUUUCCUGUCUUUAUGCACAGAAACACCUUUGUCACAUUAAAGAACUGGUGCAGGGGGACGACUACUGAAAUCAAUAGAAGUCAAGGCAAUGGCUGCAAUGUCUCACCCUAAUAUCGUCCGCUACUACUCAGCUUGGGUUGAGAGGGAGAUAGCUGGUAAAUUUUUUGAAGCUGGAGAGGAAAAGGGGUCAUAUGAGGAACUUAAAUGCAUAGCUGGUCCAAUUCUGUACAUUCAACAAGAGCUAUGCUCAAGGUAAAUCAUUUUUUGAAAAAUGAAUUUGGUUGUAUUCGUGUGGGUUGAUGGCUUGAUGGGCUGAUGGCACUUAGCUUUGUCUGUUUUGAAGUCUGUUUUGUUAAUUGUUUCACGUGAUAUAUGUUACAAUCCGAAUGUCCGAUACGUCAUUUUAGGAUACCAAGACACCGUCUUAACUUUGGAUUUGGAUACAAAUACGACAAUAAAAUUUUUAACAAGUUUUGUUUUAAAAUAUAUUGCUCGUAUUAGAUUGUAUGAUGUAUUGAUGUAGUACUUACUAGGCUUGUACAAAACUAUCCGAAAAUCCGAUAAUCCGAUCCGCAACCGAUCCGAAUUUUUGGAUAUCUGAUCCGAGUUUUCAUUUCGGAUCGGAUAUCCGAUCCGAAAAAGCGGAUAUCGGAUGCGGAUUUGGAUAUUAAUUUUCAGAAUUUCGGAUAUCCGAUAUCCGAAAGAUAUCCGAAAUAUAAAGCCUAAAAUAAUAUAAUUUUUAAAUUGUUCAUAUAAAACUAACCCUGUAUUAUUAACUUAUUGUAAUAUUCUUAAUAUAUUUGAUGAUAAUAUUAAUUGCAAAAGGACUACUAUUUUUGUUAAAAUAUUUUGUACAACAUAGCGAUAAAAAAAACGGUAAAAUUAGUGAAAUUUAGAAAGUAAUCAUAACAAUUUUACUUAAUAUUGGAUAAUGGAUAUCCGAAGCAUCCGAUCCGAAAAUUUUGGAUAUCCGAAUAUCAGAUAUCCGAAUUUUUCAAAUCGGAUUUGGAUAUCAAUUAUUGAUAUCCGAGUCUUCGGAUAUCCGAUCCGAAAUGUGAUUUCGGAUCGGAUAUCUGAUCCGUGAACAGGCCUAGUACUUACUAACUUUUUUUGCAGCUCUCUAAGUGACUUGCUAAUUAAUGGGAGUUUAGAGGAUAAGAAAUCAUAUGAUAUCUUUGGAGAUAUUAUUUUUGGAUCAUAUUCAUCAAAAGGGUGUGAGGCAUGGGGAUUUAUCUCCAAGUAACAUUUUUUUUGACAGAGAUGGAAAAGCUAAGAUUGGAGAUUUUGGCCUAGCUUCUUUGGCUGAAUCGGGGAUUUUCGGAGAAUAUAGCCCAAGGGCUAUUGGUGCCUAUUGUGCACCCGAAGUCAGUGAAGGCAAUUACAGUCUUUCUUCAGAUAUAUAUAGUUUAGGAAUUAUUCUAUUAGAGAUGCUUAGAGACUUUAAGACAGACAUGGAAAAGGCUCAAGAACUUCAACAUUUCAAAGAUCAUUCUGAGCUACUUUCUCCCUGGCAUGUUGACAAGAAGGAGGAGAAGAUGGGAUUUAUUUGUUUGCUGACUAAUUCUGAUCCAUCUCUUAGACCUUCUCAGGAGCUAUAAUCUCAUCUUUUGAGACUUUGAGGGGAGGAAUUAAAACUACGUAGUAUAAGUAUAUAAUUUCUUUUUUGUUAGAGGAAUAAACUUACUGUAUUGAGAUACUGUUGUAAUAACUUCUUUUAUAUACUUG